AUGGAGGCCUGGAGCCUCCGCCUGAAUCCAGCGUUGAAUUUCACCCUGGCUCAACCCUUCCGCUGGUCAGCCAGUCGCUCCGGGGAGAGGAAGAAGAGCUCCAAGAAGAAGAAGCACAGGUCGGAGUCGGAGGCCAAGAAGCGGAAGCACCGCUCUCCCAGCCCCAAGACCAAGCACAAGGCCAAAGAGAAGAAGCGCAAGAGAUCCACCAGCGAAUCAGCUUCUCAGAAAAGCCGCCGCGAAGAACGAUCUUCCUCCCCCGCCGCCUCCUCCUCCUCCUCGGCUUCCUCCCGCAGCCGGUCCCGCAGCGCCACCGCCCCGAAGCCCCCGACCCCCACGACCCACCGAGAGAAAGAAGAACCGGCGCCGGCGCAACCGGCACCGCGCCGCUGCCGCCGCCCGCCGACCCCCCCCCGCGUCGCCGAACCUCCCCCCGCCGUCGCCCAACAACCUCCCCCCGCCGCCCCCUCCCCGCCGCAGCCGCCCAUCGCCGCGUCACCGCCUCGCCGCGCCGUGUCCACCCCGUCGCCGGAACCCGCCCGUCGCGCCAAAACCCCGCCUCCGCCGCCGCCGCCCCCGCCGCGACCGGCGCGUUCCCCCACCCCGCCCAAACGUUCCCGCCCCCGCCGCGACCGCUCCCGUUCCCGCAGCCCCCCCGGCACCGGCGGGAGCCGUCGCGGCGGCGCUCGUUCCCGUUCCCGUACCCCGGUUCGCCGAAACCGUUCCCGUACCCCGGCGCGGCGAAACCGUUCCCGCAGCCGCCGGCGCGGUCGGUCGCGGUCCCGGACCCCCCCUCGGCGCGGUCGUUCCCGUUCCCGCACCCCGCUUUGGCGCCCCAAUUCCACCAGCCCCAUCCGGUGGCCCGUCCGGUCCCGGUCCCGCUCUCCGGCACGCCGUAACAAAUCCCGUUCGCCGGCGCGGCGCCGAUCGCGUUCCCGGUCCCCUCGCGGUCGCGCUUGGUCCCGCAGCCGCGCCGGCGGGCGAUGGGGCCGUUCCCGCUCCCGUUCUCCGGCGCGCCGGCGUUCCCGUUCUCGCACGCCGGCGCGCCGGCGUUCCCGUUCGACGGGCCGCCGGCGUUCCCGCUCGACGGCGCGACGCCGCUCGCGUUCCACGGCGCGCCGCGGCGGUCGUUCGCGUUCCCGCAGCCUUUGGCGCGGCCGUUCGGGUUCCACGCCGGCCCGGCGCAGCCGUUCCCUUUCCUCGCCGGAUCGCCGGCGCCGCGGGCGCGGUUUGGGCCGCCGCAGCCGUUCCGAUUCCUCCGGCAAAUCCCGCCGCGGCGGAGGGCGCCGCAGCCGCUCCCUCUCCUCCCCCCGGCCUAAAAAACGGGCGCGAGCCUCUUCCCGCUCCCCUUCGCGGCGCCGCCGCCGCAGCUCCACCGCGUCCCCCGCCGGCAAAGCCAAAACCCCCUCCCCCUCCCCCCCCAAACCCAAAGCCCCUUCCCCUCCCCCGCCCGCCGCCCCGGCGCCCCCCGCCCGCCCCAAGUGGGUGCCGAUCGCCGAGCUGCACCCGGCCGCGCCGCAGCCCCCGCCCAGCUUAGCCAAACCCGGCGCCGAGGCCAAGCCGGCGGCGCCCAAGUGGGUGCCGAUCGGCGGGGCGCAGCCCCUCCCCCCGCAGCCGGCGCCUCCCGGCACCGAGACCACGACCGCGAUGCCGGCGGCGACGCCGGUUCCGGCCAAAGCGGCCGCCGAGGUCAAAGCGGCCGCCGCGGCGGUGACGCCGCCAAACCUCCCCAAAGCGGCCGCCGAGGGGAAGGCGGCAGCGGCGGCGGCAACGCCGGGCGGCACCAAAGCGGGCGCUGAGGCCGCGAGCGGCGUCAAGCCGGCGCCCGCUAACGAGGCGAAGCCGGCGACCGCGCCGCAGCCCGCCGGCGCCAAACCGGCGCCUGUUACCGAGGCGAAGCCGGCGACCGCGGCGCAGUCCGGUGGCGCCAAACCGGCACCUCAAGCAGAGGUGAAGCCGGCGCCGGCGCCUCAACCCAGCGUCACCAAACCGGCCGCACCGGCGCCGCAGCAAAACCUCAGCAAAGCGACGCCGGCCACCGAGACCAGACCGGCCGUGCCGCCGCCGCCGCCGCCCAAACCGGGCGUCCCCGAGACGAAAGCGGUGACGCCGCCGGCGCAACCGGCCCCACAGAACCUUCCCAAAACCGUCGCGGAGGCGAAACCGGUGACGCCGAUGCCGCCGACGCCGCAGCAGCAGCAGAGCACGGUGAAGCCGCCGGUAACGCCCCCGCCGCCACCGCCCGGACUGCCCAAAGCCAUGCCGGUGGUGGAGCCCAAGGUGGGGGUUCUGCCGCAGAGCCCCAAACCAGCUACCGAAACGCGACCGGCGCUGCCGGCGUCGCCGAGCCUCCCCAAGGCCAUGCCGGUGGUGGCCAUGCCGCUGAGCCAGAGCCUCGCCAAACCCGCGCCGGCCCUCGAGCUGAAGCCGCCGCCGCCGCCGCCGCUCGCCCCCAAACCGGCGACCGCUACCGAGACGAAGCCGGCGACCGCGGCGCAGCCCGGCGUCGCCAAACCGGCGCCGCCCGCCGAGGCGAAACCGAUCCCCGCGGCCGUGCCGAGCGUUGCCAGAUCACCGGCGCAAUCGCCGGCGCCGGUCACGCCUAGUCCGUUGAAGCCGACGCCGCCGAGGACCGUGCCGGGUGUCGCCGGCAAACUGGGAACCCCGCCCCCGCCGCCGCCGGGCCUGCCGCGAGCGCUGACCGCCGGGCUCCGUGCCGCCGGCACGCCGGCAAAGCUGCUGCCGGCCUCGCGCCUCAGCCUGCCCUCCUCGCCCGUCGCUGCCUCGGCGCUGCCGCCGCCCGUCCACGCCAAACCUGUCCCCCGGUUGCUGCCCGUCCCCAAACCGCCGCCCAAAGCGGAGCCGGUGAAACCGCCGAGCGUCGCCGUCACCAUCGCCGCCACCGCCGCCACGCAGCCGCCCACCGAGAAGCCGCGCGGCCCCUCCCCGCCGCGGCUCAGCCGGGCCACCGAGCCCGCCGGCACCCCGCGCCGCGAGGACGAGCCCGGUCAUCCCGCGUCACCGCCGGUGCUGGAGAAGAUGGCGCCGGAGCAGCCGACGUUGUCAUCGACGUUGUCAUCGACGCUGUCAUCGACGUUGUCAGCGGCGUCACCCGCCGCCCCGGCGCAGGAGAUCCCCAAGGUGGAACCGGCAGCUGCCGGCGUCACCGCGACCUCUAACGCCGCUGUCACCACUGUCCCCAAGGCCGCCGCGGCUGCCACCGCAACAGGCGCCGUCACCCGCGUCACCGUGGGCGCUGCCGCCGCCGCCACCGUCGGAGCCGCCACCAAGGCCACCGCGGACGCCGUCACCGGUGCCACCGGCGUCGCCACCAAAGCCGCUGUAGGCGCCGCCGCCGCCAGCGUGGCCACCGCUACCGGCGUCACCGUGGGCGCCGUCCCCAAGGCCGCCGCGGACACCAGCGCCAUCAGCGUCGCUGCCAAGGUCGCCGCGGACACCAAGGCCACCGUCACCGCUGUCACCGUAGGCGCCACGGCCAAGGCCACCGCAGCCGCCACCACGGACGUCACCCCCGUGGCCACCAAGGCCGUUGCCGAUGUCACCAAAACCGUCACCGCCGCUGCCUCCGCCGUCACCGCGGCCACCGCCACGGCUGUCACCGCUGUCACCACCGCCGCUGUCGCCGCCCCGGCUGUUGUCACCAAGGCCGCUGCAGUCGUCACCAGUGCCGGCAGCGUCGCCGUCACCCCCAGGGACACCGGCGUCACCAUCGCUCCCAGCGUCACCGGGGACGCCAGCGUCACCGUCGGGGCCACCAGUUUGACCAGUGCCACCAGUGCCGGCAGCGUCACCAGCGUCGGCAGCAUCAGCGUCGCUCCCAGUGUCACCAGUGCUCCCAGUGUCACGAGCGCUGGCAGCGUCGCCGUCGCUCCUAGAGACACCAGUGCCACCAGCGUCGCUGUCACUCCCGGUGUCACCAGGGUCACCAGUGUCACCAUCGCUCCCAGUGUCACCAGUGCCGGCAGCGUCACCAGUGCUCCCAGUGUCACCAGUGCCGCUGUCGCUCCCAGCGUCACCAGUGCUCCCAGUGUCACCAGUGCCGCUGUCGCUCCCAGUGUCACCAGUGCUCCCAGUGUCACCAGUGCCACCGUCGCUCCCGGUGUCACCAGCGUCCCCAGUACCACCGUUGCCAGCAGCGUCACCGUCGCUCCCAGUGUCACCAGUGUCCCCAGUGCUGCCAUCGCUCCCAGUGUCACCAGUGCUCCCAGUGUCACCAGUGCCGGCAGUGCUGCCAUCGCUCCCAGCAUCACCAGCGUCACCAGUGCCGCCGUCGCUCCCGCUGUCACCAGUGUCCCCAGUGCCGCCACCGCUCCCAGUGUCACCAGUGCUCCCAGUAUCCCCAGUGCCGCCAGCGUCACCGUCGCUCCCAGCCUCCCCAGCCCCGUCGCCAUGGACACCAGUUCCCCCAGUGCUCCCAGUCCCGUCGCCGGCCCCACCAGUACCGGCAGCGUCUCCGUCGCCCCCGCGGACGCCGGCCCCGCCGAUGUCGCCGCCGAUGUCGCCGCUGAUGUCACCGCGGUGGCCCCGCCCCCCGGCCCGGAGAAGCGGAGCUCUUCCUCCUCCUCCUCGUCCUCCUCCUCUUCCUCUUCCUCGUCCUCUUCCUCCUCCUCCUCCUCCUCUUCCUCCGACUCCGACUCCUCCAGCUCCAGCUCCUCCGACUCCGGCCCCCCCUCGCCGGCCGCCCCGCCCGACGCCGACGCCCAGACGGGGUCGCCCAGCGCCGGCCCCGCCCCCGCGGUGUCACCGGCGCCACCGGCCACGGCCGAAGCCCGGGAGGGCCGCGCCCCCGUCGUCACCCGCCGCAAACGCCGCUCUUCCUCCUCCUCCUCGUCCUCCUCCUCCUCUUCCUCUUCUUCCUCCUCGUCUUCCUCGUCCUCUUCCUCCUCCUCCUCCAGCUCUUCCUCGUCCUCCUCCUCCUCUUCCUCCUCCUCCUCCUCCUCUUCCUCUUCCUCUUCCUCCUCCUCUUCCUCUUCCUCCUCCUCCUCCUCUUCCUCCUCGGCCAUCCCGGCCGUCGCCGCCGUCGCCGUCUCCUCCGCCGCUGACGUCACCACCGCCGCCACCGUCGUCACCGCCGCCGCCGGGAAAACCUCGCCCCACGGCACACGGGUAACGUGGGGCUGGGUUGCCCGGGACGACUCGGUGGUACCGCCGGUACCUGUAUCCAUCGUUUCCACGCGCCGCCGGGUGCCGCCCGCGCCGAGGACCCAGCAGCCGCUCCCCGGGGGCCCCGUGGCGGCCGGUGGCCGCUCCCUAUAGCCCUGGAGCCCCGCCCCCUUCUCUCCAGGCCCCGCCCCCUUCUCUCCAGGCCCCGCCCCCUUCUCGGCAAGCCCCGCCCCUCCGCCCCGCCCCUCCGCCCCGCCCCCUGUUGGGUUUUUCUGUGCGUUUU